UUUUUAAAUGACUGCGACCCAUUGAAAAUCAUGUCUAAUGGGACUGUCCAAGGGUCAUUCCAAGGAGGGGAAUACUUUAGUUGUUUAUCUUUGUUGUAUAUGGUACAUUAAAUUUUAUACUUAAAAACCACAUUUAUCUAUAUGACUUGUUCCCUUGCUUACCAUGUAAUAAUACAUGGGGAAGAGGUUGGAACAUUGAGUUCUGAUACUGAAUUCAACAAAAGCUGAAGAGUUGGAAAAACAAAAAUUGAUUCUAAACAAACAUUAACAAAUUCAAAAUUCAUCUUUAUGCUCUUGUUUUGUCUAGCUUCUUUUAUUGUUUGUUUUUUUGUUUUUCUUUCAAGGAAAUUAAAGCAAUAAGUUUUCAUGGAGAAAUGGAAUCAAACUUCAAAUGAUUUCAUUUUGUUGGGACUUCUUCCCCCAAGUCAAACUGGCAUGCUGCUCUUGUUCCUUAUCCUCCUUGUAUUCUUUCUGGCCUCAGUGGGAAACUCAACCAUGAUUUUCCUCAUUUGCAUGGAUUCCCGACUCCACACACCCAUGUACUUCCUCCUCAGCCAGCUCUCCCUCAUGGACCUGAUGUACAUUUCUACUAUAGUCCCCAAGAUGAUACACAACUUCCUCUCUGGCCACAAAGGCAUCUCUUUCCUAGGAUGUGGCUUUCAAAACUUCUUCUUCGUGACAAUGGCUGGUUCUGAAGGCUUACUCUUAGCCUCCAUGGCCUAUGACCGUUACGUGGCCAUCUGUCACCCUCUCCAUUAUCCCAACCUUAUGAGUAGAAGGAUGUGUGUCCAGAUGAUCAUAGGAUCUUGGAUCUUGGGGUCCAUCAACUCUUCGGCACACACAGCUUAUAUCCUUCAUAUUCCUUACUGCCGGUCCAGGGCCAUUGAUCAUUUCUUUUGCGAUGUCCCAGCCAUGGUGUCUCUUGCAUGUAUGGACACCUGGGACUAUGAGUACAUGGUUUUUGUGAGCACAAGCCUCUUUCUCCUCCGUCCUUUCCUUGGCAUCACUGCUUCCUACGGCAGAGUCCUUUUGGCUGUCUACCAUAUGCGCUCCAAAGAAGGAAGGAAAAAGGCCUUCACCACCUGUUCAACACAUUUAACUGUAGUUACCUUUUACUAUGCACCAUUUGUUAACACCUAUCUUCGGCCCAGGAAUGUCCACUCACCAGCACAAGAUAAGAUUUUGGCAGUUUUUUACACCAUCCUCACUCCCAUGCUCAAUCCUAUUAUUUACAGCCUGAGAAAUAAGGAAGUCCUGGGGGCCAUGAAAAGACUGUUUGGAGUAUUUUCUUCCAAGAAAAAAUAG